CUCGAAAUUUCGUAAUGUAGUUGUUUAAUUAGUUGGGGUGUUUCAAAUUAAACUUCACUAAAACAUAAGCACUUACAUGUCAUCAUAAAGUUAUGCAAAUUGAUUUGCCAAUGUCAUCAACUAAAAACUCUUUUUUCCUCUAUAAUCAAAAAAGGUUUUAACGAAAAAAGAAAUGCUCAUGUGUUAUUAAAAAAAAAAAUGGAUCGAUUAGUUAGUUAUUCCAUGUUGGUUUGCCUAUGUCAUCAUUUACAAAGUUAGUCUUUUCAUACCAAAUUCAAAAUGAAGAAACGUUGCAUUCCGACAAAUAAGUCACUUUAUUUAAACGAACCAACAACCAAUUUUAGUAUUCACAAAAUUUAUAAUUUUACUUUUUAUCGUGCCUGAUUGAGCGUGAACAUGUUCUGAUUUGUUCUAGAAUCAAGUCUAGUUAAAAUACUAUCAUAACUAAAAGAUAUAAGAAAAACAGGGACAAUGAUCUGAAUCAAAUUAUGUUAUUUGAAUCGAUUUGAUUUCUUUUAUUUUUAAAAUAAAUCAUGAAUAUCUAAAAACAAAACUAUAUUAUCUCAUUCGAUUUUGGUCAAGUUCGAUCCGAUAUAUUGUUACUCAAAUACUCAGCCUCACAACCUCUUCUUAUCAUUGUGUAUGCUAGCUUUUAUUUUAAAACAGGCUCACCUGAAAAAAGCAUAGUAAACAGAUGAGUCAGCAUUAUAAGUGACGAAAUGCUUUUUGGCCUCUGCAAUUUCUGCACAUUUAAUUUCUAACCGUCGCCUUUCCCUUCAAUUUCUCUAACGAGUGAACAGACGUCCUAUUCUUCUAUCUCUGUUCGUCGACUACUGCCUCAUAGUUGCGGGAGGCGCAUUGAUCAGCACAUCUCACGCGACCACUUCCUGAAUCCCGCUCUUUCUCCGUUUUCACGGCCAAAUUCUCGUCAAGGUAAGCAACUCCUCUCUAUCUCUCAGCUUCAGAGCAAUUUUUUUUUUUAUAUGGAUGAUAACUUCAGAGCAAAAAAUUUAAUCAUGCACUCGGCCUGUCUCUCUCCGAUUCAAAGCAAAAUUAGUUUGAAGUAGUUCGUGCUGGUGACGGGAUUAGUUUGAUAUAUGUGCAUCCUUUUGAUUCAUUGACGGUAGCGAUUUUUGAAUAUGCACUGAAAUCUUGUUUGUUUGUUUCGAUGGCAAGUCUGGCUUUCAUAGGCGCAUUUUGUCGAGCAGGUGGGGAGAUCUCGGCCGAAAGGUAACAAAAUGGUUAAGUAUCUGAAAAUCAACGGCAGAACAUUCGGUGCUGGCAACAACAUGACUUUGGAGACGCGUGUGGCCAAAUUUCUGAAAGGCCGACCUGACGAGAUCAGCUUCGAAUUCUCUUCAGAACAAACUGACAUUGAAAUCUUUGAGGAGCUCAUGAAAUGCGCCGCUGGACAUGGGCUUCUGAAUUUGUGGGUUCGCGGUUCCCGUGAAUUCAUGGAUCUGUCCGGUCGAUCGGACACUGCUUUCGGAUCCAUCACCCACUGCGGUCCGUCGCUGGAGUAUCUGGAGUUGGAAGAAUUCAAGUUCAAUCGGAAGCGGACGUUUGGGCAGUCCUGCUCUGGUUUCAGAGCGCUUACAGCUCUGUAUCUGAUCAAAUGCUGCUUCGAUUUCUCUCGCUGGAAGCGACUCGACCCUUUCGCUCAUUUCCCCGCGUUGCAGCGGCUGACGCUGAUUUAUUGCAGCUGCCAAAUUGGCGAUGAUGAUCGUCCUGACGAAACCAGGUGUUUGGAAAUCAACGGAGACCAAUUGUUUAGUCUCGAAAUAGACCAGCCAGUUGGUUUCACUGAGAUCAAAGUGUCGGCGGAGAAGCUCAGUAGAUUCACUUACAAACAUCAGAUUCCCGACAAUCUCCGGGCAACAGAAGUCUCCUUGAAUGCUCAAUCCUUGAGCUGGGCGGAUAUCGAGUUAUUGGGAUACAAACGUUUGGUUUGUGAUGAGCAGAGAAAGCGAUGGGCACAGGUUUAUGCAAACUUGUUCCAUGGCCUGGGUAAUGUGCUAUCUCUCGUGGUCAAAUUCGAUACCACCAAGGCAUUGUUUGAGGCCUCUAAGUUGGUGAGAGAUCAACCUUCGCCUUUCCGAAAAUUGGAGUCCAUGACUCUGCGUUCUGAGGAAGAGGACUUAACCGUGAUACCUCAGUAUGUGAUGGACUACUUUUUCGGCAGCAAUGAAUCCAUGAACUUCAUCGCUUCACCUAACGUAAUCCUGAUUAGUAAGCGAUGAUUCCUGCACCAUCCUCGGUACUGGAACAUUCUGCAGACUGAAGGUCCGAUUGAUCCUGAGUUCUGAGAGGACAGAGGUUGAAGAAUUUGUUUCCUGUACCUGUACUGAAUUGGGGGAAAUGUUGUUUAUGCUAUAGUUGCUAGACUUGGUUCCUGUGACUCGUCGAACUAGUGUCUGAUUGUGUCCUUUUUGUUUUGUGAUGGUCUCUCUCUUUCCUUUUCUUUAAGAGGGAAAUGAGUGACUACAGCAUCGAAUUGAACGUUGGUGGUCUUUCCUUUUUGUUUAUUUUUAAAGUGGAUUAUAGCGGGAAAUGAAUGAACUUUUCGUGA